CGGGGGGGGUUCGGAGUGUCUGCGGAGAGCGCCCGAGGGCCUCGUCGCCAGAGAUGCCCAUCAGGAGGUCUCGCCGUGACACAGCACUGCUCAAUCGGAGGCUGCGCUAGGCGUGGCGGCCCACGCGGCUGCGAUGGCGGCUAUGCCGUUCGCCGGCGAGGGGAAGUGUGUCAGCGUGGAGUGGGACUUCCUGCAGGGCCUGCUGGCCAAGCCACCGACGCUGCCCUGCUUGCAGAACCUGAGGAAGGAGAAGUCCCGCAAUGCUGCGCGCUCCCGACGCGGGAAGGAAAACUUUGAAUUCUUCGAGCUCGCCAAGUUGCUGCCUCUUCCGGGUGCCAUCACCAGCCAGCUGGACAAGGCGUCCGUCAUCCGCCUCACAAUCAGCUACCUGCACAUGCGCCACUUUGCGAGUCAGGGAGAGCCGCCGUGGGGCCCCCUGCUGGAGGGAGGACCAAACUGCACCAAGGCAGUGCACCACCCCUCGCACUCCUUGGCCACGGACAUGUUCGAGCAACACCUGGGAGCCCACCUGUUGCAGUCCUUGGACGGCUUUGUGUUCGUGGUCAGCCAAGAAGGACGCUUCCUCUACAUCUCCGAGACGGUUUCCAUCUACCUGGGCCUCUCGCAGGUGGAGCUCACAGGCAGCAGCGUCUUUGACUACAUCCAUCCGGCCGACCAUGUGGAGAUGGCCGAACACCUGGGUAUCAGACCUCACCUGAGAGCGGAGGCAGGAUGUCAAGGGAGCCACGAGAGCGCCUCCAGCUCGGCGUCCACGUCCUCCCUGGCCGAGACCCCAGAACCAGCCCCUGCCAGCCCCCUGAAGUCAGAAGACGAUCCCCCCGACAGGGGAUUCUUCAUCCGCAUGAAGUCCACCCUCACUAAGCGUGGGCUGCACGUCAAGUCCUCCGGGUACAAGGUCAUCCAUGUCACCGGGCGGAUCCGCUGUCGCCCCGCACUGGUCCCAGGCUCCCCCCGCUCGCUGCAGAGGCCACUGGGAUUGGUGGCCCUGGCUCACACACUUCCGCCCUCCACCCUGAACGAAGUUCGCAUGGAGAGCCAUAUGUUUGUGUUCCGUGUGAAUAUGGACCUGCAGGUCACCUACUGCGAGAACAGGAUUUCAGAGUACAUGGACCUCAGUCCAGCAGAGGUUGUGGGACACACAUGUUACCAGUUCAUCCAUGCAGAGGACCUAAACACCCUGCGGCAGAGCCAUGAAGACUUGUUGCGGAAGGGGCAGGUGGUGACGGGUUACUACCGCUGGCUGCAGCGGCGCGGGGGAUUCCAGUGGGUCCAGUCAUGCGCCACCGUCUCCGUCAACCACAAAGCGCCCCAUGAGCGCAACGUCAUCUGGGUCAACUACGUUCUCAGUCGGACAGAAAUGCCGGACACGCCGCUGGACUUGCUUCAGCUGCCAGAGAGCCUGAGGGAUGAGCGAGUGCGAGCGAGCUCCUCUCCUCGGGACGCCUCCCCGCAGACCCAGGGCACCUCUGCUGCACAACCUGUUAAAUGCUCCAGCAGCAAAGGCAGUUCAGGGUCCCAGGUGAAGGAGGGGUAUGCGCAGUAUUCCCAUCCGCCUAAUGGCCAAACGGAGGAGAAAAAGAAGAGGACACAACAGGCCGACCCAAAGCACGGUCCCCUGGAAAAGCGACAGAGAAAAGGUGUCCAGGAGGAUGAGGAGGGGAACCCAUCCGCUUCUUCAGACCUGGGGAGCGACAGUGAGGCGGAGGAGGAAGAGGUGGGUGCUGAUAGGAGGUGCCAAGCAGACGGCAAGAUGGUGAAGCGGGAGGAGGGGGCUUCAAAACAGAGCGGGGGUGCGACGCGGAUCCGAGCAGACACGAUCCAGAACGGCCGCGCCGUCAUCCAGCAGCUGAAGAGCGGAGUGGCCUCCGCCGCUGCCAACGUCAAGACUGAGCAGAAUUUCAUGGUCUCAGGGACGACCCUGUCGGGGGGGCGCUGGGGGCACUCUAAGCUCUCCCUGCAGACACCCUCCAGAGCCCAAAACGGAGACGCAGCCCCGGCGUCCGUUCCGGACUCCACCGCGACCCCUCCUGGGACAGAAGCCCCACCCGGAGGUCUGCUCGCUUCCUCGUCCCCGGGACUUUCUCCCCCCAUGGAAGGCUCCCCCCUGCCCAGGGAAGAGCGAGGCCUGGCUGGAGGCCGGGGUCCAGACUUCGAGCUGCUGCAGAGGCUGGCAGUGGGCGGGGCUGCCAGCAGGGUGCUCUUCCACCCCUUGGCCAUCGGCCCCCAGGGCCCUCAAAGCCUGUACGCCCCAAGCACCAUCCGCUACGCCCCGGCCGAGCUCGCCUCCGCCCACCCGACCGCCGAGAGUCUGCCCUCGGACCACCACAAGCCCCCCGCCUUCUUCCCCCACCUGCAGAGAAUUGCCGCCCUGCCCCCCUUCAGCGGGUUCUCUUCCUCUGACCCCACGUUCCCUCCUGGACUGCCAUUCUGCGUGAACGGGCUGCGAGGGGGCACCGGUUCAGAGGAGGACUGAACGAGUUGGGCACACGGGGUGGAGGCGGGGAGAAAGCAGAAGUAGAAUUGAUGGGGGGGACAAAUCACUCCCCGAGAGGCUCUUCUGCACAGGUGGGUAAGGCAGGCUGAGCGCACGCGCCUCCCCCCCUCGCUGACUGUCGGUGAGACCGACCGCUCGCAUCUCCAUCAUCCCUGACACUGGAAAAGCCAUACAUACACAGCGUACAGGGUACACACUGUACUGUCACUGCCAUGGAGACGUUCGCGAGGACGCUCGACUCGGGCAGGAGGCGAACGGAAAUUCACGGGCGAGGCCCACGGAGGGAAUCGCCGACGACGGCUUCCUCGAGCGGCACGACCGCAACGCUCACGGCACGGGCGUUUACCUUCUUGCUCAACGCGCUCUCCGUGUUCGCACAGAAGCAUCGUCCUGUCAGGCAGGGGCACCGCGUGACUCCUCCGUCACGCCUUCCAACAGGAGGAGCCGCACUGCAGCUCUCAGUGUUUCUGUGCACGUUUUGUACAAAGGGCCUCAUCACACAGCUGGAGAAGUCAGACAAGCCAUUGACUAUUUCAGCCCCCAUCCCAUCCCAUCCCACCCCACCCCACUCAGCCCCACUCCAGAACAGCCACAUUCUUCCAGCCCUCCGGUGCCGGCGCUGGACUUCAGCUGCUGGACAUGGGGCGGGGAAGAAAAAAACUAAAUGUACAUUAAGGUCCACUGGACACUUUGGGAGGGGCUGACUCUUCAUCUCCAUAAUCCAUGAGAGCACUUAAUGUACAUGUGAAAAGGGUUCCUUCUACAGAAACAUGUAAAACCUGUAAAUCCCUUGGCGGCGCUUCCCUCGUCCCAAAGGGCCACAGGUGGGUAAAUGAGCCGAAGCUGAUCGCAGAGCAGCGGGUGACGUGUAGCAAAGUCUUACAGCGCACACACGUCUGUGUAUUUUAUGUCUUUGCCCAAUUUCAACACAGCCAGUCAUCGCAACUUGACUUUAAAUCUGCAGAAUAAAAAGUUUAUCCAAAUGUAAGUAUGGAGGGAAGGUAUAUAGAUGUUUAACUGGAAUGUAUAGUUCUUGUUUUUCAAGAUGCGACGAGGGAUUAUAGAAUUUUUUUUUUUUUUUUUUUUUUAAAGGCUGGUGUUGCCUGAUAAAAGCCCACAGUAAGAGGGCUUGAGAGAAUCCGUGUGUGUGUGUGUAUGCGCUCGCGUGCACCGUGACACAAGGGGCCCUGAGCAGAAUGUUUUCUUUCUGGUAGUUUAGCUGAUGAAGGAGCAUCGUAACAACCUUUGCCAUCACUGUGACCUUUUUUGGUUUAAUUGUUUGUGAAUAAUCCCAAAAUCCCCAUCUUAAAAUGAAACACUGUAAAAACAAAAAACCAAUUAAGAAUAAUAAAAGUUUUAUUCCAUUAAAGCAGUAUGAUGUGUUCUAUCUUAAAUAUGUCCUGCACUUACUUUAUGCUCCUGAGAUCCAGCCAUUGUUUUGUCCACUGCAGAGGACUGAAAAACUGAACACGCUACAAUGUUGAGUUUACGACGCCUUAUAGGGCACAUUCUCUGAAACGUACCCACACCUUUUUUGUUAUUGCUGUGUUUCAGAGGCCGUGUCUCCCGUUCUAAAAGUAGUUUGAAAAGCAAAAACGUAUUUCUUUGAAAUAUUCUUCAUAAAAAGACUCCUGACAACAUAUUCCACUAAUCCUUUAAAAGACCAAUAAAUCUGAAACCUAUUUUCAAAGAUAUUUUUUACAGAUGCAAAACCUUUUCCUCCAAUAGCAGCGCAUGGUCACGGUCCGUUUUGGGUCUCGAACCAGUCACCCUUUCCCUUGUGCGCCCCAAACGUUGGUUUGUAUUCCAUGGUUCCUGGAAAACACCUUCCCAAACACCAAGGCCGUACACCUUCUUAAACACGUUUUCCAUUCAAAGAAUAAUUUGUAUAUGAAACAUUGAUGUCAUGUAAAUGUUUGGCGGCUUUGUUCAAUUACAGGAAGCGGAGUGUGUUGGCGAUUGAAAUGCUGCCAUCGGCUCGUUACGGUGCUAUUGUUGCACGCAG